AUGAUAAACACCCAAGGUUACCACUGGAUCAACCGUGAAAUCCAGAAACUCGACCCGGAAACCGAAUACGAGACCAUCUGGCGGUUGAUGGCGAGCUACCACCUUUCCGAUUUCAUGAACAACCUGGUCUACACGCUCACGUUCCCUAACUUCAUCGUGACCACGUGGGGCUCCGAGGCUGUCUGGCGCGAGGAUGGCGGCAAAGUGGUGCACAAGGCGACGAUGCGCGUCGAGGAGACGGAGAACAACAACAUGAUAUGGUGGUUCUAUGGGCCCAGUGACGCGCGGACGAAGAAAUCUGUCGACGACAUCAAUCGACGACACGAGUUUUGGGCGUCUAAAUAUCCGGGCCACUUCAGGUACAACGACGACUACAUCUACACGCUGGCGUUCAGCGCCGUGCUCAUGCACCGGCUGCGCCGGCGUCUGGGUCUCUCGGGGUUCUCGCACCACGAAAAGGUCGCCGCGCACCACUUCUGGCGCGACAUGUCGCGCCUCUUCCAUGCCGAGAGGGGGGUGCCUCUGCACGGGUUUCCGGAGGACUGGGAUGGUUGUGUGAAGUUUUGCGAGGACUUCGAGCGCAAGGUGAAGCCGUUCCCGGAGAAGGGCCGUAUGAUCGCGCUGGCUAUCUAUAACCACUUCGCGUAUCGGUACUUCCCACCACUUCUGCGGACCGUGGGCGUCUCCAUCCCCAUCGCGCUGUCUCUCGAAACGACACUGGACACUCUCCAGAUUGCGCCGGUGAGCGCGAUUUGGAAAUCCCUCAUCACGUUCGUGGUGGGAUGGAUGCUGUGGCUCGCCGAGGUCUUGUUGCCGGACCCGAAGGUGCCUUAUUUUUCCACGCUAGAGAACCAAGACGUAACCGGACGCAGAGCACGAAGGGAUAUGUUGAACACGGUGGACAAGGGGUUUGUUCCGACUUUUGUGCAUCACUAUGGAAACGCUUUCCCCGGAGGAUGUCCUGUCAUGGGCUCCGGCAUGACUGAACGCGCCGAGUUACCCAAAGGGAUGGAGAAGUUUACUUAG